GGCUGCGAGGCGCAAGGAUGGAGAUCUGAUGCAUCACGAGAGUGCAAGACUGAAGCCUGCUCGCCUGCUCAACUUGCUCGUGGUGACGUCGCUGCUUCCCGAUGGCACCCACGGCGGCCGAGUGAGUAUCUCCAGACUGACACUCGACACCUUCUACAAGGCCGUGAGCAAACCGGACUUCUGCUUCGUGUACUUUCACGCGUAAGCCAACAACACAACAGAGAUCUUUUCCUGCUGAUGGAUCUACCGCGUCUGUCUGCACCAUGUGGACGUGUUGUUGCAGUGAUUGGUGUUCGCACUGCGGCAGCGUCGGGUUGGAAUUCGCUAAGGCAAUGCGCAAGACCCUCAAGAUACUUCCAGGUCAGUGCAGCUGUCUGUCUAUGAGGGAGGUUCAAAUGUCCAACUUCUAUAUGUCCUCCCUCACUGCAUCCAUCCAUCAGAUCUGCAGCGUACGUCGUCGUCUUCUCCCCUGGAUGAGGUCUUCCCCCCGCCCUCCAUGGCCACCGGGGCGGCCACAGACUCGCCCGAGCGCGACCGUCCCCCAGCCAGGACCAGCCGUGCGCCACUCACGGUGCAGUUCGCCACUGUCGACGGUACCGAGGAGGAGGAGCUGGCCUACACGUGGGCGUCAGAUGGGUAUCCCGCACUCAUACUCUUCAAUAAAGGUUAGGUGCGCGAGAAGGGGUCGGGAGAAAGCGGCCCGGCCCCUCCAUGUCCGUACCUGUUCGGCUGCCUGCGAUCAGGCUUUUGGCUCGAGUAUGACGGCUCCCGGACCGCCGACGCAAUGGUGAGCAGCCUUUGUUGAGCUGCCCGGAUACAGUCCCGUGCGACCGUCUUUUGCUGUCCGUCUGUCUGUCUGUUUCUGCCUCCGGUCAGAUCGAGUGGCUCACGUUCCGCAUCCAGAGUAAGUGAGCCGCUAUGCCACCGGCAGCAGCCGGAUUCCGAAUGUCGCUAAUCCCUGCUGGUGUGUGUGUGUGCAGGGGGCCUGAUUGAGCUGACGGCUCCGUCUGACCUGCACAUGCUGAGGGAAGACGAGGAGACCGCUGUUGUGGGCUUCUUCAACAACACGGUACCCCACACACAGGAAGCAACGCACCCACAGGCGUCCUCAUGGAUGGUAUCUUCUACAUCUUCUGCUCUGUCAUUGAUCUGUGCAGGUUGACGGUCUUUAUGACGAUGACGACUUCCAGGAGUUUGCAAGGGGCUGUGGGGACUACCGAUACGCAUACGUAAGACACACGGGAGGUGAGGGCCCUGUAAACCAUCCCACGUCAUGUGCUGCCGUGUCGUCGACUGGCAGUCUUUUGAUGGCGAGCUUGCUCCAGAAGGACAGCUCGGGUGAGCAGACAUUCGGAAUGGGCUCAUCACGUUGAAUGUGUUGUUCCAUUCCUGUUUGUUUGUCAGCAUAUAUUUCCACUCCCGUCAUCCGCCAAGGUGGCAGAGAUGGGACAGAGAAGGCUACACCACACACAAGACCAGGAGGCGACACGAGACGGCAUGGGAUGGUCAUCACCACGAUGCACCUGACCGUGACACAACCAGUGGCCCUCCUCUCGACUACGUUCACUUCUGUGAUCGGGGCAGCAUUCCGCUGGUGAGAACAGAAAGACGAGACAGGUGUUGUCCCCUCAUUGACUGUGGACGUUCGCGUGUGUGUGCAUAUGGGUGUCCUAGGUACCGUAUUGGUCCCCGGUGGAUGCGUCAAGGUAUGGCGAUGGUGCAUUUGAGUACCUGGUGUUCGUAUUCAUGUCCAAACGGAGCGACGAGGAGGUCAGUCAGCGGUCGCCACUCAGACGUACACCCACUUGUGUGUGUAAAUGGUGUGCGUCUGAUCAGGCCUUCACGGCCUUCCGCGAUGACCUGGAGACCCUGAUCCAGACUCUCCGGUCGCGCGACGGUGUGUAUGAGGGCUACCUGCUGGUCCUCGUCGACAUUGACGAAGCACCGUCCGUCGGUGAGGAGCUAAAAACGGAGAGGUACCUUACCUUACUGGUGUAACUAACGGUGGUCCACUGCGCAGGUUGGCAGUUCGGCAUCGAUGCAUCAUCGGCCCUGCCGGCAGGUCGGCCAACAUAGCCCUGCGUGGCGAUGGUGAUGCAUCGAUGCCCACUUGUCGCUGGCUGCGUGUUCUUCUGUUACAACCAGUGGGGGCCUUUCGUCCAUCGGAUGAGCGCAAGUUCGUCCCCAGUCAACCCAUGACACCAUCAGAGAAUGAUGACGAUACUGUAGGUAGACAGACAUGUCGAAGACGCUUGCCAAGCGUACUACGUGUGCAAGACGACUGACUGUGUGUUUGUGAAUGUGUGCAGGUGAGUGACGGUCAGGCUUUGGAGGACAUUGGCGAGUUCGUGAGGUCGAUGAGGCAGGGCACGGCGCGUUCACUCAUCGUGAGCGAGGAGGUGCCCACGCAGGGAAGGGAUCCGCCCGGGGAAUCUCUUGUCCAGGUAGGACGGCCGCAGCAUCAGGCACGGACACAUUCAGGUGUAUCUCUGUAUGUGUGUGUGUGCCGGUGCAGAGGGUUGCGGGCAGCACCUUCGAUGCGGCCGUCAUGCAGACAGCCAACGAUGUGCUGCUCUACGUAUACACAGAAUGGUACCACACUGACCAGAUGCCCAUCAGCAGACGCCCUUGCCGCGUGGUUGACGGUGUGUGUGUCCUCAGGUGCGGUAUGUGCAAGAACAUGUUCCCCGUCAUUUACUCGCUGGCCGACAAACUCAGGAACAUGAACGUCACCACUCUGGUCAGACGAAAGAGAUCUAUGGCUGCCGGCACGAUUGGCGCUCAUUCUAACUCUUUCCCGUUCGUUGUGUGCGCAGACCUUCGCUGCGAUGGACGGAGGACACAACGAGGUACGCCAGGCGACUCAUGAGCGAAAGAAUGGGCAGGGCUUUUACCUCUGUGUGUGUUUUGUCUUGGCUGUCCUGUCAGCACCCCGCUCUGCCUGCAAUCGACGGCUACCCCACCCUCCUGCUUUACCGGGCGCAUUCCAAGGACAGGCCCAUCGAAUACCGAGAGGGUAGGUACCCACACACGUGUACAGAGCGGCAUCCAUGGCAUGGCAUGCAUCAAGUUGGGGUGCGGUGUGCCCGGUUUGGUUCAGGCCGGUCUGUGCAGGCUCUGGCCACCUGGCUGCAGUAUCACGUGUCUCAGCCCUUCCACCCCUGGCCACCCACAUGGACAAAUGGUAAGUGUGAAGCCUACAGCUGCCCAUUGAUUGUCACUCUCUCUCGGUCACUUUCGUGGUUGCACAUGCAGAUGAUUUGAUGGACAGCGAGGCCCUUCACGAGACAGACGAGGACACGUGCAUCAAGGUGCAUGAGGAUGGUGGGUGAAGAUGACGUGUCAUCGAUGGACGGAUGCGCCUGGCGAGCAGCUGGUGUGAAUGGGGCUGCCGCUGCUGUGCGUGUAUAGGCUGGCGUGACGAUGUGUGUACUGAGGAGUGUGAAUGGCAGUUCUGCAACCAGCCACUGUAACAAUACACCGGAUGAGAAGUAUCA